AGCUCCAGGAUGAAGUCCCUCUGGAAAGUCCUUCGGGUGGCUUCUCUCUUCGUUCUCCUGCCCUUUCACACCUCAGCUUCGCCAGCCCACGAUGACCGACCUGGCACCAGACACGCCAAUGGCCACGUCUGUGUAGGACUCAGUACCAUCAACCCUAAAUGAACAACCCACUUGGAAGUGGAGUCGAGCCCACUGGAAACAGGCGGAGAGCAGAACACAAGGGAGCAGAACACAAAUCAAAGCUGAGCCCAACCUGAGCGCUUCCAUAGUUCACACUCCAUUACCUGCUUUUGUGCAGGGUCCCUUUGAUCAUAAUUCUUCACUAGGCAGAGUGAUAAGAAUGACGACAGCGCCAAGAUUCACCCAAUCUUCAGAGACAGCUGACUCUUUUUUCUUUUCGCUCCUUUUUAUUUUUCGAAUGAUCUCCAGUUUUAGCCAGCAUUGCUCAGGAGCCAGGAAAGUCAGAAGAGCCCUUGAUGGGAGCCCUCUGAGUGAAAGAAAAGCCUACAUCUGUGAGUACAAAGCACAGGUUGGUCCUGAGCAGUGCAACGCUCUUUGCAGUCAUCCUUCCAAGCCGUGGGUGAAAACAAAUACAUAACAUGCGCUGGAGUUGUAUUUUCAGGGAAAGGAAAUCGUGUGCAAGGUUUGUGAUCACUGGUGCCCCUGAGAAUCGAGGCUCCUUGAGGAAAAUUCCAAGAAGAGUUCCCUGAUGCUUCAUGUUCAUCGUAUACUCCUGUUACACUGAACCAACUGUGGAUUUGCAAUUCUUACACCUCACCAAGUCCGUUACACCACGGAUUAUAAGAAGUUGUUAUUUUAGGUACCAAUGAGAAAGAAAAUUUGCUCCUAAUUAAAUUGUGGAAAAUGUGGCGAUAGAUACCAUAUUCUUACCAUAUUCUUGUUUGUCUCCUGGGAACACCUUUGCUGCCAGUUGCUCUGCCAAAGUUACAUCUCACCUAACAUUUGACUGGUGUUUGGUAUUUACCAUCCACUUUGCAUAAAUUUGUGAACUGUAUUGUGAGCUCCCUAUGGAGAGGGACCAUAUUCUGUUCAUCUGGCAUCCAUCAAAGUCUAGCACAGUUUCUUGCCUAGGACAAAUUCUCAGGAACUCUGGGUUGAAAGCAUGCGUUCUUUGUUAAAGCCAGUCUUGGAAGACUCCUCUGAUGUCCGGGCAACAUAUCUGUCUGUGCCUUUUGCCUCAAUGAGAGGGAAAAGACACCCACUAGCAGGAUUCUCCUAGCAAUGCAUCAAGCCUUCUAUUGGUUUUUUUCCGCAUGCAUGUCUCCAUAAAGAGGUGGCCCCGUUCUCCCCAGGAAUAGAGAUAGUUUCCCAGGACUGUUAUCUCUCACUCAUCCAUUCAGUGAAUGGGUGCCGAGCUCCUGUACCCAGUGUGACGCUAAAACCCUGGGGUGGAUGAAUAAGUCAUUGACUUUGCCCUCCAGGAGGGUGAUGUCUGGGGGAAGAGAAGGUCAGAGUACAGUUAAUACCAGUGCUAUGUAAUGAGUAUGAAGCUCUGGGGCACUGGAGAGGGGGAGGCCAUGAAUUCUGAUUGGGGGAAAGGUGAGGUAUCACUGGAGUUUGCGGAAGACCGUGAAUGACCAGGCAAAGGAAGGGAGUGGCAAAAACAGCACACAGUGGACAGGUUGUUCGCAGAGCGAGUUUACAAUGAAUGCCAGAGAACUUGGAUCUCAGCAAAAGGACAGUAUUCCUUUUACUGAACUUUCAGCAAAAGGACGUUUUGAAAGUGAUGAUCUUCGAAAAGGUUUUUCUUGUGUGAAAAAUGAACUUUUGCCCAGCCAUCCUCUUGAAUUCUCAGAAAAAAAUUUCCAGCUCAACCAAGAUAAAAUGAAUUUUUCCACACCGAGAAACAUACAGGGUCUGCUUGCUCCACUAAAGUUGCAAAUGGAAUUCAAGGCAGUACAGCAAGUUAAGCAUCUUCCAUUUCUUCCAAGUUCAAACCUUUCGCUGGAUAUUUUGAGAGGUAAUGAUGAGACUAUUGGAUUUGGUGAUAUUCUUAAUGACUCGUCACAAAGUGGACUAAUGGGAGAACCGCACUUGAUGGUGGAAUAUAAACUCGGUUUACUGUAA